AUGGCCGACACCAUCUUCGGCAGCGGGAAUGAUCAGUGGGUUUGCCCCAAUGAUCGGCAGCUUGCCCUGCGAGCCAAGCUGCAGACAGGCUGGUCUGUGCACACCUACCAGACAGAGAAGCAGAGGAAGAGCCAGUGCCUCAGCCCAGCCGAGGUGGAGGCCAUCCUGCAGGUCAUCCAGAGGGCCGAGCGGCUUGACGUCCUGGAACAGCAGAGAAUCGGGCGGCUGGUGGAGCGGCUGGAGACCAUGAGGCGCAAUGUGAUGGGGAAUGGCUUCUCCCAGUGUCUGCUCUGUGGGGAGGCGCUGGGCUUCCUGGGCAGCUCAUCGGUGUUCUGCAAAGACUGCAGGAAGAAAGUCUGCACCAAAUGCGGGAUCGAGGCCUCCCCCGGCCAGAAGCGGCCCCUGUGGCUGUGUAAGAUCUGCAGUGAGCAGAGAGAGGUCUGGAAGAGGUCGGGGGCCUGGUUCUACAAAGGGAUCCCCAAGUACAUCCUGCCCCUGAAGACCCCCGGCCAGGCCGAUCACCCCCACUUCCGACCAUUGCCCACGGAGCCACCAGAGCAAGAGCCCAGAAGUACUGAGAGCAGCCGCGUCUACACGUGGGCCCGAGAGAGAGUGGUUUCCAGCGACAGUGACUCAGAUCUCAGCUCCUCCAGCCUGGAGGACAGACUCCCACCCACUGGGGUCAGGGACCAGAAAGGCGACAAACCCUGGGGGGAAUCAGGUGGCAGUGUGAAGUCAUCAAAGAUGGGGCCUCCCCGCCCACCCAGCCACCUCUCAGGGAGCCAGAGCAGCCUGGCCAUCGAGACGGGACCGGCUCUGCGGACCCACAGUGGGGGCCCCACCCUGGCCGGACCCAAAAGGCCACAGUGA